UGAGUCUCAGCAAGAUUGUUCUGGUAGAAGUGGAUCUUGAAAAACUUUGGCUAGGGAGAGAUUUGUAUGUGAUGAUGGCAUUGUCUGUAGUCUUUGACUAAGUAAUAAUAAUGUUUUUUAGACUGGACGGCUUUUUUAGUGCAUGUCCAAUGAACAAAAUUGGUUUCUUCCUUUGGAAUUUUUCUGUUUUUACUUCUCUGCUAAUUCAGGAAGGAAGAGGGAAUUUCCAUUGUGAUAAUGGGUCUUCUUUGACUUUGGACAACAUAUGUAACUUCACAGAUGCAUGUGAAAAUAACAACGAUGACUUGCUUUGUUCUCUGAACAAAAAAUGUGAUUUUGAAACUGACUUCUGUAUGGGUUGGACUAAGAAGAAUGGAAUUACUAGUACUUCACCUCCAUACCAAAAUCACAAUGGAAAUGAAUCUGCCUAUUUUCUCUCACUGGCCUCCAAAACUGGUUCUUCUCCUGCAAACAUAAAAAGCAGAGUUUUCCAUCCAACUAAUAGCCAACGAUCAUGCCAGGUUACAUUUUAUCAUUAUGCCAGCCAUGUGAAGAUCAAAAUAAGUGUUGGUCUCCAGACUAUGUGUGGGAAUUCUUUUCAGACUAUAUGGCAAAACUCAGCAGGAUCCCCAAAUCGGUGGGAGAGAAAUACCAUCAAGAUCAAUAGCACUCAGAAAUUUCAGGUUGUUAUUCAAGGCCAAAGGUUUUCAACUGAUGGAGAGGAAGAAGCUCUAGCAAUUGAUGAUAUAUCAUUUAGUGAAGGAUGUCAGCCUGAUCUCAGUAAAAACUCACUAUGUCAAGAAACAUUGAAUACCUGUGAUUGGACACACCAACAGGAUGCAAGUCUAUGCAACUAUGAAAGCAGUUUUGACCUUGAAUCUGCAAAUGAAAAAUCCUGUUUUUGUCAGUUUUGUGGAUUUGAGUUUGAUACAUGUGGAUGGAGUUCUGCAAAAUCUGCCACGGAAAUUUCCUGGGUGCGCACAAAAGCAAGAGAGAAACUGGGCUUUAUAUCAACACCUCCAAAGGAUCAUGGUGGUGAUAUUGAAGGUCACUAUAUGUGGGUGGGAGCUGAUAAUGACACAUUUUCCAGAAGUGCUUAUCUUAAUAGCUCCAAGUGCCAGUGCUUUGGAAAGUCUUGUCAUCUUCGAUUUUAUUAUUCUAUGGCGGAUAGUAUUCUGACUGUGGGACUAUAUAAUGAUAAGGAGAAAGAAAUACUAUGGACAAGUGAUGCUUCAACCAUGGGUGAGUGGAUGAAAAUGGAUGUGUCUGUACCAGAGACCAUAACGACAUUUAAGUUUGUUUUUGAAGGGACUGUACAAAGCAGGGAAGGAUUUAUCGGCUUAGAUAGCCUGCAGGUCUAUGCCUGUGAAGAGACACACGAGCCAAGUCCUUGUCCAGUGGAAGAGUUCUCUUGUGCCAGUGGCCAAUGCAUUCCCUCUGGGUUGGAAUGUGAUUAUCAGCAAGAUUGUUCUGACCAAAGUGAUGAAGAUCCCUCAGCAUGCUCAAAUUAUACUCUGUGUAACUUUGAGUCUGGUUUUUGUGACUGGAAACCAUUAUGGACCAAGGAGUCACACUGGAAAAUAUCGAAGGGACUAUCUCCCAGAGGAUUUGAGCUUCCUCAUGCCGAUCAUACAACAAACAGUGAAUAUGGUUCAUUCAUUUAUUUUGGUGCAGACCUGCUCCCUGGUGUGUCUCAUCUCGGAAGUCCUCUCCUUACUAGCUUAAAUCCCACCUCUGCUCCCUGCCAGGUACGAUUUUGGUAUCAUUUGUCUCAGAAUUCACAGCUCUCAGUUUUUACAAGGACAUCCCUAGAUGAUGAGUUACAGAAGCAAAGUGACUUUUUAGAAGUCUCCAAAUCUCAGUGGACACGAGCAAAUAUAUCUGUGUAUCCUAUGUCUGGAAAAUUAUUUCUACCUUUUCAGGUCAUUUUACAAGCCACCAUUUUUUCAGAAAAUGCCACAGUUGCCAUAGAUGACAUCAGCAUAAACCCAGAUUGUGGCCUGUUUUUCGAGUCACUUUCAAACAUACCCAUCAAAAACAAAGGAAAAGAGAUUGUUGCCCAAACUGGGGGUUGUGAAGCUGGAUUUGUGCCAUGUGAAGAUGCAAGCUGUAUUUUAUCUAGCAAAGUGUGCGACUUUACUCCUGACUGCCCAAAUGGAAUGGAUGAAGCCCAUUGUGCUACCUCAUGUGACUUUGAGAUAGACAGCUGUGGUUGGUUUGAAGCACAUGGAGGAGAUCAUUUUGACUGGGUCCGAAAUUCCAGCAUUACCCUUUCAGUGGAUGUUCAGCAACAGGCCCCAGCCCAAGAUCAUACUUAUAAUAAACCUCAGGGACACUUUAUGUUCAUUCUGAAAACCAGCAGGAGCAUUUCACAGGUUGCUAAACUGCAGAGUCCGAGGUUCAGCCAGACAGGACCAGGAUGCAGUUUGUCUUUCUGGUUUUAUAACUAUGGUGAUUCAGUGGGAGCAGCAGAGAUGCAGCUACACUUAGAGGGGACAAAUUACUCAACUGCUCUCUGGAGAGUAUUAUACAACCAGGGAAACCAGUGGUCCAAAGCAUUCAUUCAACUUGGCCGUAUCAAUCAGCCAUUUUAUUUGACGCUGGAAAAAGUCAGUCUUGGGAUUUAUAAUGGGGUCUCAGCUAUUGAUGAUAUCAGAUUUGAGAACUGUGCCCUUCCCCUUCCUACUGUGAGUUGUGAAGGCCCUGAUUAUUUUUGGUGUAGACAAACUAAGGUUUGCAUAGAUCGUCUGCUAUUAUGUGACCUGGUGGAUAAUUGUGGAGAUGCUACUGAUGAGGCUAAUUGCACACCUGAAAACUCGUGUGAUUUUGAAAAUGGGCUUUGCAACUGGGAACAAGACAAAGAAGAUGAUUUUGAUUGGACAAGAAACCAGGGUGAAACUUCAACACUCAACACAGGUCCAAUGAAAGAUAAUACCUUGGGAACAGUUAAAGGGCAUUAUCUUUAUAUAGAGUCUUCUGAACCACAAGUCUUCCAAAAUAGAGCUGUCUUGCUCAGUCCUCUUCUUAAUGGCACAAAUAACAAAAGUUGCAUCUUUCGCUUCCAUUAUCACAUGUUUGGAAAGCAUAUUUAUAGGCUGGUGAUUUAUCAAAGAAUUUGGAGUAAUACAAGGGGACAUGUGCUGUGGCAGAUAUUUGGAAAUCAAGGCAAUAGAUGGAAAAGGAAAGCUCUCAACAUUACCUCGACUCAGCCUUUUCAGAUCUUAGUGGAGGCUUCCGUUGGAGAUGGCUUCACGGGUGACAUUGCAAUUGAUGACUUGUCAUUUAUGGACUGUGCCCUCUACCCUGGAAAUUUGCCAGAGAAUUUUAUACCACCAUCAGGAACCUUGAUUCCUGUAACUCUUCCACCCCACAACUGCACAGAUGAUGAAUUUGUAUGUAGGUCCAAUGGGCACUGUAUUGAAAAGAUUCAGAAAUGUGAUUUCAGAUCUGACUGUCCUGACCAAUCAGAUGAAGCUUCUUGUGUUAUGGAAGUCUGUAGUUUUGAAGAUGGAAAUCUAUGCAAAUGGUAUCAGCCAGAGCUGAUGGAGAGAAGUCAAGCUAUUAAUACCUUUAGGUGGGAUCUUGGAAAUGGGGCUAGUAUACAUCAUGGAGAGGAAAACCACAGACCAUCAGUGGACCAUACAAAAAACAGCACAGAUGGCUAUUACCUAUAUGCAGACAGUUCAAAUGGAAAGUUUGGCCACAUCUCUGACAUCAUCACUCCAGUUAUUUCACUCACAGGGCCAAAAUGCAGCCUUGUGUUUUGGAAUCACAUGAAUGGAGCCACCAUUGGCUCUCUCCAGGUACUCAUUAAGAAGGAUAAUGUGACAUCCAAACUUUGGGCCCAGACUGGUCAGCAGGGUGCUCAGUGGAAAAGAGUAGAAGUAUUUUUAGGUAUUCACUCCAAUAUACAGAUUAUCUUCAGGGCCAAACGUGGUGUCAGUUACAUGGGAGAUGUAGCAGUGGACGAUAUUGCCUUUCAAGAUUGUUCCCCUCUAGUGAUCUCAGAGAAAAAAUGCACUGCACAGGAAUUCCUGUGUGCUAACAAGUACUGCAUCUCAAAGGAUAAUCUCUGUGAUUUUGUAAAUGAUUGUGCUGACAAUUCCGAUGAGAACCCUUUCAUUUGUGGUAUCUCUAUUGGGCGUUGUGAUUUCGAAUUUGAUCUUUGUUUUUGGGAGCAGAGUCAAAAAGAUGACUUGGAUUGGAACCUAAAAGCUGCCAUCACCCCAACGACAGGCACUGAGCCAGUUGCUGAUCACACCUUUCAAGACCCAUCUGGUCAUUACAUUUUUAUAAAGAGUUUAUUUCCUCAGCAGCCAAUGAGAGAAGCUCACUUAUCUACCCCAAUGAUAAGCAGAAGGAGCAAAAACUGCAAGAUAAUUUUCCACUAUCACAUGUAUGGAAAGGGCAUUGAAACACUCACUGUUUCUCAGAUAUCAGUCACAAAUAACACAAAAGUCCUAUUCCAUCUUUCUGGAGGACAAGACAAUUUUUGGAAGAGGAAAGAACUAAUUCUGCAGAGUGAGGAGGAUUUCCAAGUCAUCUUUGAAGGACGUGUUGGGAAAGGUCAUCGGGGACAUAUUGCACUUGAUGACAUUGUGUUAUCAAAGGGAUGCUUCCCAUCUCAUCAAACCAUUGUUAAGGAACCUAUAGCACUACUAAUGUCAGAUUCCUGCCCACAUGGCUAUAGAAGAUGUCAGAAUGGCAAGUGUUUCAGACCAGAACAAAGUUGCAAUUUUGUAGAUGACUGUGGAGAUAAUACUGAUGAGAAUGAAUGUGGAACCUCCUGCACCUUCGAAAAUGGCAGCUGUGGUUGGCAAAAUUCCCUGGCUGACAACUUUGACUGGGUUCUGGGAGUUGGCUCACUUCUGCUUCUGAGCCCUUCCAGAGACCACACAGCCCUUGGAAAUGCAACUGGGCACUUUUUACAUCUGGAGGCCACUCCAGUGGGCUUGAGAGGGGAGAAAGCCCAUCUGAAGAGCUCUCAGUGGCAAGAAUCCAGCACAGCCUGUGUCCUGACUUUCUGGUACUUCAUCUCCAUGAAAGCUACCGGAUCCAUUCAGGUGCUUGUUAAGACUGAGAAAGGGCUUUCAAAGGUAUGGACAGAAGAAGGACAGAAUCCUGACAAUCAAUGGAAGAAGGCAGAAAUCCUACUAGGAAAGUUAAGAAAUUUUGAAGUUAUAUUUGAAGGUAUCAGAACAAGAGAUCUGGGAGGUGGAGCCGCAAUUGAUGACAUAGAAUUUAAGAAUUGUAGUAUAGCUGGAGAGAAUUCUGAGAUGUGCCCAGAAGCUACAGAUUUCAUGUGUCAAGACAAGAAGUGUAUUGAACACCAUCUAGUUUGUGACUAUAAGCCUGACUGCAUGGAUAGCUCAGAUGAAGCCUACUGCAGUCAGUACACCAGCAUCCCAGGAAGUUGUAAUUUUGAAAAUGCUCCCCACAACUGGACCUCAGCCUGUCACCUUACUCAAGAUACUCAAGACAAUUUAUAUUGGAAUGUUGGCAACAGGAUUACUACAGAAAGAGAAAGUCUUGAUUCUGAUCACACUCCAGGCAAUGGACAGUAUUUUCUCUAUGUCAACUCAACUGGCCCAAAAGAAGGAUAUACUGCAAGAAUUACUACCACCCACUUCUUUCCAGCAAGCCUUGGAAUAUGUACAGUUCGGUUUUGGAUUUACAUCAGUGGUUCCAGUGAUAUGGGAAUAUUAAAGGUAUACAUUGUAGAAGAAUCUGGACUGGAAAUUCUGGUGUGGUCAAUGAUUGGAAAUAACGGCAGAGACUGGAUGUAUGGAAACGUCCCCCUUUCCAGUAAUGGUCCUUUUAAAGUGACCUUUGAAGCUGACCUUGGGGGAGACAAUCUCACUUUUAUUGCUCUUGAUGAUAUCUCUUUCACUCUGGAAUGCAAAUCUGGAGGCCCUGUCACAACAUUACCACCACCCUGUGAGGCUCAUCAAUUCCCCUGUGUUUAUACACCCCAAUGUGUGCCGCUGUCUGGAAAAUGUAAUGGACAGGAAGAUUGCAUGGAUGGAACUGAUGAGUUGGAUUGCCCUACUGGGUCACCUCCUCAACCCUGCAGAAAACUGGAGUUCCAGUGUUCAACAAAUGAAUGCAUUCCAUCCCUCUUGCUAUGUGAUGGAGUACCAGACUGCCAAUUUAAUGAAGAUGAAUCUACUUGCUCUGGUGGACAUUGCAUGGAUGGCUCUCUGAUGUGUCCAUCGACUAAUAGCUGCAUCCCAGCAUCCCAACGUUGUGAUGGCUUUGUUGACUGCACUGAUUUUCAACUUGAUGAGUCCAGCUGCUCAGAAUGCCCAAUAGGUUAUUGCAAAAAUGGUGGAACUUGUAUCAUUGAAAAGAAUAUGCCAAUCUGUCGAUGCAUAAGUGAGUGGAGAGGAAAUCGAUGCCACAUCCCGCUUAGCUCUGCCUCGCCAGCAGAGGUCAUAUUCACCCAGAAUGGUAUUUGGACAAUCUUAAUUAUUGGAUUGACUUUCCUGACAACUCACCUGGCAAUUGCUCUUUUCAGUUUCCUUUACAACAGAAAACAGCCAAGAAAGAAACCUGAGGAAACAGCUUACGCGUUUGCGAACCCUAUGUAUGAAGAUGGGAAUUGUUCAGAGAAAACUGAGGCUACAGGGAGUACUGUCUUCCCAAGGAUACAAAUCAGUGUCUCUCCUUGGCAAGCUCACACAGAGACUUCUGCUUAUUCCUUUGCCAAUCCUUUGUAUGGUGCUACAUGAAGAAACCAGGAAAAUAUUUCUAAUCAUCUACAAUAGUCAAAUAAAUUACAAUUAAUUCAGUUUGUCAAAUUGAUAGAAAAUCCCAAUUUCUAAAAUUGGCUAGAAAUCAUACUGCAUACAAUAGUAAUGAGCAGAAAUGAAUGAGAUUGUUCAUGUGAGCUGUAGCAUUAAAACCCAUUUUUAUUGAAAUCAUACAUUUUCUGAAACCAUUGUUCUGAUCUUCAUGCUAGCAUAGGGUCAGAUGGGUAACUAUGUUUUCGUUAUGCAAACAGCACAAAUUCCACUGUAUUAAUAAAAGCAUUUCACUUAAUAAAAGCCAGAUUUCUCA